CCUCUUCUUUCUCUCUUUUUCUUCCUCUCCGCAGUCCCUAGACGUCUGAAAUCCAAAACACAACACAUCAAAUAGAAAAGAAAUACUAGAACUUGUGAAACAUCUUCGUGGGUGCCAUAUGGAAAGCCUAGCUUGAAGUGUUUUUUAAGGUUGCUGAUUUGCUGUUUCAAUGGGAAGUGACGAUUGUGCAAUGGUGACAAAAACAGCUUUGAAAGAAGAAGAGAUAGAGCUAGAGCUUGGAUUGUCCAUAGGAGGGAGAUACAAAAGACAAAACGGUACCAAUUCGAUAUCUGAUACUACUGUUGAUAUGGGUUCAAAAGAAAAGCAUCCAAGUUGCCCAAGAUCUAGUGUGUCUCGUUGUUUUAAUGGAGACAUUGUGCAGGAAAUAGAUCCCAAGACAAAGCGUGAGAUUCAUGCGUUGAGGAGACAGGAGGCGAAGAAGAAGAGAGAAGAGAAGCAGCUAAGGAAAGGUUUUUGUAAAGGGUACUUCAACGGCGGUCAACAAAUUAAUGGAGAGAUUAAUGUUAAUAAUAACAAUGGGAUGUGGUUAAAGGCGAAAGCUUUUCAAGCUAAGGAGAGAGUGGCUGACACGGAAGAGCGACGAUGCAAGAAAAGCAAGACAUAUGAUAUUGGAUCUGAUCACAAUGACACAAAGAAGGUGAAUCUGAACUUAUGCGUCGAUCAAAACCAUUGUACUUCUUAUCCACCGCCAUCUACUUUGUCGCCAGUGCACCCGGUUCUGCCGCUGCAGUACCCACAGCCGUCGUUACAAUAUGGCCAGCCUGAGAAUGGAUUUGUGUUCCCUUGUGCGAAUGUGAAUGUCAUGCCUUGUUGGUUCACAGGUGGGGAUGAGAAGAAUGUGGGUCAGGUUCAACCUUUGGUUGGCUACGGCUUUGUGCCAUUUCAGGCUGCGUCGAUUCAAGGUCAUAAUCUGGGUAAUGGGUAUGAGUCGGAGCAGAAUGGCAGCCGAGAUGGAGGGAAGAGGAAAGCUGGGUCGAACGGGUCCGCCACUUGUACCUCCUCUACGGGUUCCGAUCACAGGAGCUUUUCUCACGAAGGAGGUGGCAGAAGCGACAUCAGAAGCCAUUCAAGUCCCUUUGAACCAGAACAACCUCAAUUGAAUUGUUCAAAUGUAAAUGAUGUGAAGGGCUCGUUUGAACACAGUGCAACAUCUCUCCUCACGGAUAAUUAUGCUCAAGUUAAUGAUCCAGCAAAUCACGUUGAGAAAAUGAUUCAAUUCAAUAGUCCUCAAUCCAGCCCAACAGGACCCAACGAAGAAGCCGAAUUAGAAACAGAACUAGAUCCUAGCAACAGCCACAUAUCAACUCCUGAAAGCCCAACGAUGGGGGAAAACAAAGGGGACGUGGUGGGCAAGUCGCCUAAGCCACCAGCCCAGAAUCACAGUACCCAUAUUUCUUCCUUACCUUACAUGCCGUGUGUUUCAACGACAGGAAACAGUCCAAAUGGGAAAACCAUUAAUGGGUUUCUGUAUAGAUACACAAAAACAGAGGUUAGCAUCAUUUGUGUCUGCCAUGGAACGUCGUUUUCACCGGCGGAGUUCGUGCAACAUGCUGGGGGUACAGCUGUUUCACACCCACUAAGGCACAUUACUGUGAUUCCAUCACCUCUUUGACAUCUCAUUGCGGGUAGUGAUAUUUAACGGAUCCCUUGCGAUGAAUACAUAUCGAGUUACAUGAGCUCUUCCUGGCAAAUGGUAGGAGGAGGCUCGUUUUUGCUUUUUAGCUUGAACUUUCUAACUGAAUUAACAGACACUGGAUUAUGGAUGUAUAUUUGAUAUCUCGCUUCUGGAGCCA